AUGGCCGACUUUGUGGAACUUGGACUGGAGGGCUUCGACAAGACUGCCGAUAAGUAUUUCGACAAAGGAUACGACAAAGUACACAAGCAUAUCCGUAGAGGCGAUCGCGAAGACAGUGGCAGCCAGAACAACAUGAGUGAGGCACGUGGACGUGAUCGCGGCCACGACAGUGGCUCAGACGACAGCUACGAACAGCGGCCGAGACGCAGACAAGACCCGCGAGAUGAUCGCGACGACAGGAAACCGCGACAACGUGACGACCGCGAAGACGAGCGACCACGCAGACUCUCUCCUCCAGGACAAAGCUACCAUCCUCGAGCCACAGACUCAAAUCAGUAUAUCCCAUACCAAUCUGCAGGUCUACGGCCAAGGGACGGUGCGCCACUCAACUCCCAACACUACGACAAUUCACCACGCCCAUCGUCCCGCGGUGACUACACGCCCGCAUCCUCAACUCGAGGUCCUCCCCGCAACGAGAUGGCCAGAUAUUCGAGACCACAAGACCGUUCAUUCUCACGCUCCCGCUCACGACGACAACGCCGUCGCUCUUAUUCCUCGUCUUCACGCUCUCGCUCCCGCUCCUCCAACCGCGAUUUCCACGACAGCCCCUUGAUGGCCCUGGACAGGAGUACUCUAGGCUUAGGAGCCGGCAUCGCAGGCGCAUUGAUUGGCGGUUAUAUCGGUCGCGAAACCAGCGACCGCCAUCAAACGCGCGGUACAGCUCUAGGGGCUAUUAUCGGUGGCAUCGGCGCCAACAUCCUAGAAAACAGAGUGAGGAUCUACCGGGAUGAAAUGAAAGAAGAGCAGAGGGAAGCAAAGGAAAAAUGGGAGGCUAGGCAGAAGGACGGCAAGAAGGAGAGACGGAGCCGACGGUUGGAGUCGCCACAGAGGUGGUAG